UAGCAUGACAUCAGCCCAGGACUCGCCGCCAGAGUAAAUACCAGCGCUGCCCACUCGCCUAUAUAAGGAGGGUGAUGCAACCUCUCGCCGAGCCAGAGAUUCAGACACACACCGGGAAGCAGCCGCCGCCGCAGCUCUCCAAGCGGCAAACUCGGAACUGCCCGGCAGGGAGCCGCUCCAGCCAGAGCGCCCGGCAGGGAGCCGCGCAGACCGAGCGAGCCGCCCCGCUGCUCCCCGGCGCUGCCUCGCUCCUGCUCGGUCCCACUCCGCCUCUCCCAGCCGCGGCCAGGCAGCGUGAGAAGCGGCGGGGGAAAGCAAAAUGAUGCUCCAAAACCCAAGCCAGGUAUCUGCAUCAGAAGUCAGCGCCUCCGCAAUUGUUCCCUGUUUGUCUCCUACAGCAUCACUGGGGUUUGAGGAUUUCACAAAUCUAACCCCACUGGUGAAGGAAGAAUUGAGAUUUGCCAUCCAAAAUAAGUGCCUAUCCCACAGGAUGUCUUCCACAUUGGAUACAGUGACAGUGUUGGAAAGACCUGUUGAAAUGUCUGUUCUGAAAGCAGAGUUUUCACCCCAAGAAGAUGAAAGGAAAAAGAGAAGAAGGGAAAGGAACAAAAUUGCAGCUGCAAAAUGCCGCAACAAAAAGAAGGAGAAAACAGAAUGUUUGCAGAAAGAAUCAGAAAAGUUGGAAACUAUCAACGCAGAACUAAAGGCCCAGAUUGAAGAGCUAAAGAACGAGAAGCAACAUUUGAUAUACAUGCUCAAUCUCCACAGGCCCACUUGCAUAGUUCGAGCACAGAACGGGAGGACACCUGAGGAUGAAAGAAACCUCUUUAUUCAACAGAUCAAAGAAGGAACAUUGCAGGGUUAAGGCAAACCAAGAGUUCUCAUAGUGCAUCUUUACACCAAAAAACAGAAACCAUGGAGGAUUUGACUCUGUGUAUCUGUAGGAUCCUUUUAGUCUAGAACCAUUAGGCAGGGGAGAUUGCUUUGUUAAGCAGGAAGGAUCAUUUUGGCUUAGCUGUGAUUCUUCCUCUCCAAAGAUUUGGUCUCGAUCAAGUCAGAGUCCUCUGCCUCAACUCUAGGUUUUAGUACUUGUCAUACUUGCUGUUCCUAGAAGCUACAGACAACAGCUCCGGAAGUUUUAGGUCUCUGCUAGUGUACAGUGCCUGCACUCAUGAUGUUUGUGUUAGAACACUAUGACUUCCAGUGAUGCACAUUGUACCGACAGCUGUGCUGGAUGGACACUAUCUUUCCUUGUUGCUGGUAGGGAAAGCACACUCAGAGUGUUUUUAAAGUGUUGCAGUUUCCAGAAUGAUGCUUUCUGGCAGAAUGUGUUGCUAUGUGAUGGGACUGUAGUCUAACGUAAUGCUGCAAAGACUUUAGUUUCAAACUAAACAUUGUACUUUUUUUUUUUUCUUCACAACACUUGUGUGGAUUUUUUUAUGACUCAGCAGCAGAUUCUGAGAAAUCUGAUAGUUGUGACAAGUGUCAGUUUCUUGCCAGAUGUCCAUGUAACUAAGUUUGCAAUUACUGAACUGGAACGUCCCUCACUGUUCUUCAGGAAUUGCAAUUUUGCCAUGAAAAAUAGGAAAGCACCUUGGCCUUUGCGCACCCAAAGUAUAAUAUCUCAUAUGUGUGGUAUUUCAAAGAACUUUAUGGAAACAAAAUUACAGUAAAAAUAGACUUGAAAAAUAUAAUGAUUCCCUGAUGUCUUAGGUUCUGAGCAUGCAAUCUUUAUUCAGGCAAAACUCCCAUUUAUCAUUCAUUCUGGGUGAAAUUCACCCCUGUGCAGAGGGCAGGUGCAAGGGCUAUACAUCAUGUAAGCCCUAUUUUGACGCUAUAACUGUAAUUUAAAUAAUGCAUCCACCUUGUGCUGGCCCUCUGCACAUGGGUGAAUUGCACUUUUUGGGAAGAGGGAACUAACCAGGAAGGGACUUCAAUAAGACUUUUGCUUGAAUAAGGACUGCAGGAUUGAACCCCAAGUUUGUGAAUCUCAGAAAAUAGAAAUGGAAAAGACUUACUACAUUAGAUCACAUAGGGGCUGAUUAUGCACACCUUUACUCAAAUUAGCAAUCCUGUUCACACAAGUAGUCCCACAGGUAGCUCUUACUCAUGUGAGCAACAGUUUGAAGUCUCUCACCCUGUCAGGAUUAUUUCUUAUUGCCAGAUUUAUACAGGGGAAAGAAUUCUGAUUGUAGUAAUUUUCUUUCACAUUUGAGUGGUAACUGCAGCCAACCAAAAUGCUAUUUAGAAUCCAAGAAUAGCCUAGAACUUGGUGAUGUAGUGAAUAACUAUUUUUUACUUUUUUAAAAAUCUAACCUGAGAUGUUUUGAACUAUUAGUUGAGCUGCUGGACUAAAGAGCUAGAGUUAUGAGUGUUUGUUUAAAUUCUGAUGUUUCUGUGAAAUCCUCAGAUUGUUUAAUCCUAUUCAAUAUUAUCAUUACAGUUUUCUGUAAAAGAAAAUAUUAUCCUUAUUUAUCACUAAUAUUCCUAAGAAGUUGAAAUAAUAAAUAUUGCAAACAAGACAAAACUGAAAACACAAGUGUUGUACUGUUUUUUUAUUUUUACUUUUUGGUGUCUAAUAUUAUAUAUUUCUAAACUUCAACGCUUCUAUUUGGGACACCACUUUUAAAAAGUAUAAGUGCCUGAUCCUUGCCUCUCAUGAGGUGUUGAUCAUCUUGCAGGAUUGGGUUCAGAGAGUUCAUAUCUCAAUCAGUGGUGUCUAAUUGCUUAAUAAUGCAUUUUAAAUGAAGUAAACCAUAAGAAUGGAGCUUACAGUACAUAAUAUUUUACACCAGUUCUGCAGUGUUAAAUACAAUUUCAAAUUAAAGGCUAAACCAAUAGAUACCUCAACCAUCAGCUUCUUACUUUGCAAGCCCCAGAUGGGUAAAACAGAUAUCAUACCAGAUCCUUUUUUUAUUUUUAUAUUCUGCAACAGAACUUCUUAAUACACUUUCCUAAGAUCUGGAUAUUGUAAUGUCCUAUAUUGUAAUGUCCUAUAUUAUGUUUCAAAUAUGUACUUCAAGUACCUGAAAGGUGAAUGUAUAAAAUACAACAUAUUGGGCCACGUUCAGUCCUGGGGACCAAGUCUCUCAUUGCAUAUUAUUUGGAACUUCCAAUGACUUCAAUGAGAGUUUCUCAGAUCCUGUGGCUGGAGAACAGAGCCCCCUCAUGCAACUCCACUGGCUUAACUGGAGUUACACAAUGGAUAAAUUUGGCCCAUUGUUUGUCUGACACAGGAAAUACAUAGAAUGUGUUUCAAUAACCUUGUCAAAUGAAUUUUCGUUAGCAUUUGACUUCUGUAAUAUAGAAGCAGUAGAUCUAGGCAUAAUCCAGAUACAAACUCCUUGGCUUUGUCCUUUGUGCAUCAAAUAUCAGCAAAGGCUAAAUAAAAAAAAGUUUGUCACUUAUGCUGUUAUGAGGUAUUAGUAUAGGGACUGGCUUCAUUUACUGUUCAAUAUAAUCACAAAAUUUGUCUCUUCUUUAGGAAUUUUGUACAGUUGCUCUUAACUGUAUUAUGGUGACGCAGGCGUCCUGCAUUUGCUGCUUGAGUUAAACAUAAAUGUUAUUUACUAGCAUGCCAAAUGUUAAUGUGGUAUCACUACUUUUGUCAGAAGAUAUUCUGCUUUUAUGUCUAACUCUUUGGUCAUAGCUGCUUUGCACUGUGUGUGUGUGUGUGUGUGCGUGUGUGUGUGUGCGUGCGUGCGUGCACCCGUGUGUAUGUGCAAGUAUAAUUCAUAAGUUAUGGUACUGAAGUUAAUUUGAAUAUACCCAAGAAAGCAAUGUCUACAAAAAUGUCUAGACAUGAGGAAUGCAUUGCAUGGGUUUAGUAAAUGUCUACUUUAUUCAGGAGAAUCUUUAAAACAGCAUUAAAAGCAAUUUGUUUUCUAUUCUCAAGGUUAUGUUUUGAUACUUUAAUAAAAAAUAAUUAAUAUA